AUGUCUUCUUCUUCGGUGGCCUCAUUACACACCAAUCCCGUAUCUGAGACCUCCUCACACCGCCACGACCAUUAUCACAACCACGCCUCGACAUCAUCACAUAAAGUCAUCAUCGUCGGUUCCGGGCUCGCGGGCCUGUCCGCCUCUACGGAGCUCAUCUCGCGAGAUAUCCCUGUACACAUCCUCGAGCGACAGACCAAGCCCGGUGGCAACAGCAUCAAAGCCUCCAGCGGCAUCAAUGGGGUCCCCACACGCUUUCAGAUCCCAGGAUCCGACUCCAUCGAGGAGUUCUACGGCGACACCUUGAAAUCCGCGGGUGAGAGGCCUGACACCGGCGAGGCACGUGAGAAACUCAUCUCUACAUUGACAUAUUCCUCGCAAGCCGCCAUCAAUUGGCUGGUCGACGAGCAGGGCAUCGAUCUUGAGAAGGUCGCCCUACUGGGUGGCCAUUCCAAAGCCAGAACUCACCGUGGAGCUGGUAACACGCCUCCAGGUGCGAGUAUCGUGCUGACGUUGCUGAAGAAGCUGAAGGAGAGUCCUCUUGUGACGCUCGAGACAGGCGUGACUGUCACGCAGGUGCUGAAGCGAGAGGAGAGGGUGGUAGGUGUUAAAGUGAAAAGAGCGGCGGGCGAGGCGGACCCAGAAGAGACGGCGACGAUUGAUGGGCCUGUGAUCUUCGCAUCUGGUGGCUUCGCCGGUGAUUCAAAGGGUUAUCUGAAGGAGUUCCGGCCGGAUCUUGCGGGAUUCCCGAGCACGAAUGAGGCCUUGCCUGGCAGUCAGGGCUUGCUAGUGGAUGUCGGUGCACAGCUGCUUGAUAUGGGCGAAGUACAGGUGCAUCCGACAGGAUUCAUAGAUCCCAACGACCGAUUCAAAGCGACAAAAUUCCUUGCGGCAGAGGUGCUCAGGGGUGAAGGUGGGAUCAUGUUGAACAGCGAGGGAAAGCGAUUCAUCAACGAGCUCCAGACAAGGAAGGUCGUAACAGACACGAUCACCCAGACCAUUUCACCGAGCAACAAUGAGCCGUUGAAGCAGUGGGACAUCUCGCUCGUGUUGGACGAGGGCGUCUACGAAGCAGCAAAGAGCCACGUCGAUUUCUACAUUUGGAAAGGCCUGAUCAAGAAGACCACGAUCGGCGACCUCGGCGACGCCAGUGCCACGGCCUUGGAAACAAUCAAGCGAUACGCCGCCACCGCGCAAUCCUCAACAACGUCCCCUGACCUGUACGAUCGCACGUCGUUCGGACACUGGAGCCUCCAGAACCCCACGCCAGAGUCAACGAUCUACGUCGGCACCGUGACACCCGUCGUGCACUACACUAUGGGCGGGGUGGUGUUCAACCCGGAGGCAGAGGUCCUCAACGCACGCAAUCGGCCUAUCGCAGGCCUCUGGGCCGCCGGCGAAAUCACUGGCGGUCUGCACGGUGCGAACCGCCUCGGCGGCAGCUCGUUGCUCGAGUGCGUCGUCUUUGGCCGCAUCGCUGCCGCCAACGCCGCGAGGUAUGUUGAGGAUAGGGAUCGUGACACGCCCAUCGAGGAUGGCGAUUGUUGCUGGGAGAGUCGCUGA